UUUUGGCCCCAUGAUUCAUCCUCCACCAAAACAUCCAACAACCGCCUCUUCCUAUUAUUAUCCCGCUGUUUGCCUCUGAAAGAUCCAGCAGUGGAAACCAGAAAAGAGAAUGCUAAAUUUUCACUUGUGUCUACCUAUUCAAAUCUGCAUCGAAUUGAGUCGUCAAUUUAGUGUAUACAGUCCAACUGUGUGCUGGUUCGGAAUCAUGUUGAGCAAUGGAGCGGAAUCAGCAAUUUGUUCGUCAACUGCAACUUUAGAACAUGAGCUAAGUCUAUAAAUAUGGACACAAAAGAAGAUGGUGAAUCCAUUGAUGAUCAUGGCUCUUCGCCAAUCAUGGUCCUGCAGCAGUUGCCUGAGGUCGCUAUCGGAGUUGCUGGGGAAGCAUUGCAUAAUGAGAAGACUGCCGAUUUUUCACCCAAGGUGCCUCAUGGACAUAGACGCUGUCAAAGUGAAGUUGCAACUGCAGGACUUCGAAAGAGUGAUAGCUAUCAGAAGUUGAAGAAUCAUAUGCAGAAGGCUUGGCGGGGAGGAAGCAAAUCUCAUGAAGAAGGUUCCCCUUUGACUUUUAACCCUGAGGUCUUAUCGAACCAAAAACGUCAGUGGUAUCAGCUUAAUUCCAAAACCCAGGGUUGCUCAAAUUAUAAAGAGCCAACCUCGCUGUUCGAACAUUUUGUGAUUGUGGGGCUGCAUCCAGAUGCAAAUCUAGAAGCUGUGGAGGUUGCAUUUGCAAAUAGGAAGAAGUGGGAAAAGGAGGACAAAUAUGCAGCUUCAGAGUUCAAAAAGAUGCAGCAACAGGAGUCUCCAGUGCCAAUGUUGGAACCUCAGAUCCUUUUCAAAUAUCCUCCUGGGAAGAAGCUGACCAUGCGCAUGAAGGAUUUAGCCUCUUUUUGCUUUCCUGGAGGUGUCAAGGCAUCGUUGUUGGAGAGGACUCCAUCACUAAGUGAACUGAAUGAACUUGUGUAUGGACAGAUUCAUUUAGGCAGAGAUGAUUUAUCGUUUAUCUUUUCGCUCAAGGCAGCAGAAAAUGCAACUCUAUACGGGGUUUGUUUACAUGUGCCUGAAAUCUUGCAACGGCCACCUGAUAUCUUAGGCAUAUCGUCUCCUCUUAUUCUUCCCUCUGGAGCCUGCAGCCGUUUUCUGGUUUCUGCUCCUCGUUGUCUUUGUCUGCUGACUAGAGUUCCUUUCUUUGAGUUGCAUUAUGAGAUGUUAAACAGUCUUGCUGCACAGGAACGUCUGAAUCGGAUAACUCAAUUUGUAAAUGAGAUGACUCUUACUGGUUCUUUUCUAUCGCUUACACUAGAUGAUCAAACAAAUGAAAAUAAUGACACCCUGGAGAGGGAGCCGUUUGGUGAUUGGAUGGCUUGUGCAAUACCUGUUAAAGAUGCAGCGGUCUUUGCCGCCGCCGCCGCAGGAAUAAUAUCUGAUGAUGAGAUCUCAGCCAAAUUAUGGGAUUCCGACUCCGCAGGAAGUGAUGCUUCUGAUUUUAGACAGGUCAGGGAUGUAGAUAAGGAUGGAAAGAAGAGUCAUGUUGGUUGUGCUUCUGAGGUACCACAAACCCAUCCAAAUUCUUCGGAAAGGAUGUCUAGAAACUGUGAAGAUGGUCAAACUUCUCCAAGGGUUGGAACGCCUCGUUCUUCCAGGAUUCGUGCAUUGAAGCAUCUCGGGAGUUCUCAGUCACCUUUCAGGAGUCCGGUUAGAAGCAUGGAAUCAGAAGAUGAGGACGAUCUUUUUGCAAAUAAUGAUGAUGGGGAUGAAUUUUUAAUGGAAUGGGCUAGGGAAAAUAAGAAUGAUUUGCUACAGAUAGUGUGUCGAUAUCAUUCUCUACCUCUUCAACGUCGGGGAAGUGAAAUUAUUUUCCACCCUCUGGAACAUCUACAGCCAAUUUUGUACAGAAGGCCUCCAGUUGUUGCUCUUGGCUUUCUUGAAAAUUGUUUGGAUAGUUUUGAACCUGCGAAGGUAAAUGCAAACCUGGCAGCUGCUGAGGAGGCUCUUGCACUUUCUAUAUGGACAAGUGUGACUAUUUGUCGAGUUCUGUCCCUUGAAAAUCUGUUGGCAGCAAUUGCAGGAGUGUUGUUGGAAAAACAAGUCUUACUAGUGUGUCCAAAUCUGGGUGUUCUAUCUGCUGUAGUGCUAUCCAUCAUUCCCAUGAUUCGUCCGUUUCAGUGGCAGAGUUUGUUUCUUCCUCCCCACAUUUCACUAUUUCAGGUUCUACCCCAGAGAAUGUUUGAUUUUCUUGAUGCACCAGUUCCGUAUAUUAUUGGCAUACAGCACAAGCCCGCUGAUUUGAAAAUAAGAACUACUAACCUUGUUCUUGUUAAUUUACUUAAGGAUCAGGUGAAAGUGUGUUAUAUGCCAAGACUUCCACGGCAUAGAGAGCUUAUUUCUCAGUUAGGUCCAUUUCAUGCUAGACUUUCAAGUGAAAGUUCAAUUGCUGAAAGGAAUCCUGUAUAUAGGUGCAACGAAGUCCAGUCUGAAGCCGCAGCCCAGUUUUUGGAUGUCAUGUGGAGAUAUAUGGAGUCACUUUGUUCAGAUAUGAGAUUACACACGAUCACUAAUGUACAAUCAAAUAGUGACAGGGUUUCUUUGCUUCUCAAAGAUAGCUUCAUCGAUUCUUUCCCUAGCAGGGACCGACCAUUCAUCAAGCAAUUGGUUGACACGCAGCUCUUCAGUGUUCUAUCAGACUCGCGUCUAUCAAGCUUCGAGAAUGACUCAUAUUUCUCUGACGCUUCCGUCUAGGAUCACUGGGUGCAACGGAGGACCUGUUGGUCAUACUAGUUUGAUUCCCACAAGAAUACGUGAUUCUUCAAUGAUGGCUAACAUCUCCAGGAGGAAUUGUCAAUUCAAAUAUCCAAUGUUCUAGAUCGACACAAUCAUGUGGACCUCAAUUCAGCGCAGAGCUCCAAUUAGAUCAGUUGCACUGAAGCACAAGGUGGUUAGCGUCCCUAUUUCUUUAUCGGGAUAUAUUCUUGGGCAUAGCAGCAAUAGAUGUGACUGUAAUGCCGACUUUUUUCCUGAAAUGUUUGCACCAUUUUUGUCUAAUUGUUAAUUUCUUGUUUGUAUUUAAUAAGAUAACUAGAUACUAGAUACAUUGUCCUGUCGAGCGUCAAGUGUGCAUAGCUCCGCAUUUGUGUAGCCAAGGACCAGACAGAUGUGCCAUUAUUUAUCAUGACCAUGACAAAAUUUCUCA